AAGACUACCUGUCGUAUCCGACCGCCGUCGACGUGAAGAUGGAAGGACAAGGGACGUUGAAGUAUCCCGGAAUCACUUUCUGCGUUACAAACUGGUUGGACAGGGAAAAGUUUUGCGAGAGAUAUGAAUCGGCAUGCAACUUUUCGGACCCCGAUUGGAGAGAGCAAGUCCUUUACAUACUGGAGACCGAGGGCCACCUGGAGGACUUGGCGAUCUCUUCAGCCGAUUAUGUUCAGUUCGGAUUUGUCAACCCGACGUCGUACUUUGUGGAAACCUACGUCAAGAGGGAGUCUGUGCGGUUGUCUUUCUCCAAGCUGCCGAAGCACAUGUGCUGCACAAUCAAUUGGAGAGCGGACGAGAUCAUGAAAUUUGUGCAUCAAAAUCCGCUGAUAUUCGAGGCUAAGCUGCUGUUCUUCUGGGAGCCAGAGAGCAUAAUCGUCAUGGAUGAGUAUGAGAUGGACAUUGGGUUCCACGACGUUGACGCCACUACGGCCGGACAGAAACACGCUAUCGUGGUUCAGCCUUCUGGGGAAUAUAUUUUUUCGCUCGAACAGAGGGUAGUCAACUACCUUCCUGCUCCUUAUGACACAAUGUGCACAGACUACUACAGCAGAGGCUUAAACAGCUUGUCCUCCUCGCUUUACACUAAAGAGCUCUGUUACGAGGAAUGCAAGGUAGAUGUGAUCCAGCAAAACUGCAACUGCAUAUUGAAGGACUACGUCUUCAGGCACCGUAUCAACGGCACUGUCUGUUCGCAAUUCGAAACAGAUAUAUGUGUCCGAGGAAGUCGGAGGCACGUCAUGAAGGUGUGCGAAGCUCAAUGCGGCAAAGGAUGCAAGGAAUACAUAUACGACACGAAGCAGGCAUUUUGGAGAACUCAUGAUCCAGACAUUGAGGGUGAAUAUUACAUCCGGGUAAAGUUCCUGAUGACGUCACGGUCCGUCGAUGUGAUGCAGAUCAUUCCUUUGUUACAGGGGACACAAAUUCUGGGCAUCAUUGGUGGCUACCUGGGUCUAUGGCUUGGACUGUCCAUCUAUAUAAUCGUUCACGGAGCUCUGCAACGAGUAUUUCUACCAUUGAAAAUGAAGCUGAAGAGUGCUUUCGACAGAGCCAGUCUCAUGUGCGUCCUUCGCAUGCUGCACACGAGCGCAUACGUGGCUUGUCAGCUGGCAUGCCUGUACUCCGUGUUUUUGGACUACCGAAACUACCACACCUUUGAAACUACCGUAGUCUUGCAGCAGGACUCGCUGAAGACUACGCACUUUCCUGCAGUGACGGUCUGCAACAAGGAAGCGAUCAACCUCACAAAAAUUUGCUGGGAGCAAAAUGGGAAAAGCUGCACCACGUUGGACACGUCCUACUUUCAAGAAGCGAUUCUGAACAACCAGCUUUACCUGCUAAAGGACAUCAUCAGCUACUCUUAUCCCGUCGAAGAGCUCGUGCUUCAGUGUUACAUGAAGACGUACGGCGAGACUUGCGAAAGCUUCGACUGCCAUCACAUGUGGAAGAUACAGUACUCGUACUACAAGACCGGCGUGUGUUAUUCAUUCGACCCGUCCCGGUCGCCCAUCUACCGCGGGUGCAACGAGCCGUGGAAAUACAAGGUAACCUUUCGACUGUCUACCAGCAUCGAGAGCCCCACAGUGCCAGAGGAGACGCUCAUCUCGGCAAUAAUCCACGAGCAGAGGCUGUUCACGGGAGGGGUCAGCACAUCCGUCAUGUUCAGACCUGGCAAAACUUACAUCUUGUCGGCGCUACAGACCGACAUCAUUUCUUUGGAGGCUCCGUACGAGACCAAAUGCACAGACUACGUGCGGAUGACGCAAGAGUUCAACUACACCGCGGACAACAUCCAGGCAGAGGAAUGCAGCGAACGGUGCUUGGCGGAUCUCUGGAAGUCGCACUGCGACUGUUACCCGAAGCUGUAUUCAAUGAGGCACAUUCUCAAGGGGUUUCUCUGCGAGUAUUUAACCCAACUGAAAUGUAACGACUACAUGAAGACUAAGAACUGGGUGCCCAACUGUCAGAAUCAAUGCACGCGCCCCUGCAGGGAAGCACGGUACAGCUCGUUCAGCUUCCAAACCGGAAAUGUCAAAGAGUACGCGAAAUAUCCGAAAAGAGAAAUGGAAGUAAGUGUUGUGCUCGGAACAACCAGAACAAAGAUCGUCCAGACGUUUCCCAGAAUGCUGGGUUCUGACCUGAUCACCUACUUGUCGGGUCACGUGAGCAUGUGGCUGGGCGUUGCUCUUCUGCAAGUGGCGGACCUCCUGUGUGCAGCCUAUGCGAAGUACCAGGCCGGGAAAAUGUGGUUCUAUCGACGUCAGACUUACUGGAAAAAUCGAGGUGUCGUUCAAAUCCCGUUCUUUGAAUGGAUAAAGUACACGGCUAUGCAGUAUUACCUGCCCACGCACGUCGUCUGGGACGAAAUCUUCAAGAAAUAUGGUCCAGUUGUUGGCACCUUCACGGCGGACACUCCAACGCUAAUGGUAGCUGAACCUGAAAUGCUCAAAGCCAUCAUGGUCAAAGAUUUUGCUUCUUUUCCAAACACACAGUUCAUUCAACGCACGGGCGAUCCUGUUCUGGACAAUACACUGGUGGCCCUUCUCGAUGACGACUGGAGAGCAGCGAGGGCGACGGUAGCGCCAACCUUUAGUACAGGAAAGAUGAAGCAGAUGAUACCUGUUAUCAGUGAGUGCACGGCCAAGACAGUGGACCACCUUCUCAGUGCCGCAAGAACGGGGAAGCCGUACGAUAUAAAACAGAUAUUUUCUGCCUUCACUCUGGACGUGAUCGCUCGGACGAACUACCGUGUCAAGGUGGACUCGUACGAUGACGUCAACGACCCCUUUGUGCGUCACGCAAGCUGCUUCUUCGGCAAGCAGUUUAAGUGGAGAGCUUUCUUAUGCUUCCAGUUCCCACGACUGAGCCGGCUACUUGGACUUCGCGUUUUCACCCCCAAGGCAAUCGCUUUCUUCUAUGAUCUCAUGUUGAACGUCCUCCAGCGCCGAACCAGCAUUCCGGGAAAAGAAACGGAGAGGCCAGAUUUCAUCACUCUCCUCAUGAAUGCUCAGACAGCGGAGAACGAGAGUUCAUCCAACGCCGUCGGACAAAGGAAAAAAUCCCUGUCGAAAGAGAAGAUUCUCGCGCAAGCCGUGCUCUUCUUUGUCGCCGGCUUCGACACUAGUUCCAACGCCCUUGCCAUGACACUUUACUACCUAGCUCAUAACCAGGACAUCCAGAAGCGCCUUGCGGACGAAGUUUUGAAUACGCUUCGCCAAUACAAGGAGGUUCCGUAUGAGGUACUCAUGAACCUGAAGUACCUCGACGCAGUUGUGCAAGAAACGCUUCGUAUCAAUGCUCCCAUUGUGCUGACCUAUCGAACGUGUGCCAGGACGACCACAGUGUGUGGGAUACCGGUUGAAAAAGGAUCCUUUAUCAGGAUCCCGAUCUACUCGUUGCACCGCGACGAGCGGUACUUUCCCGAUCCGGAGGUAUUCAACCCUGAAAGGUUCUUGGGAGAAAAUCGCCAACACAUUGUACCUUUUAGUUUCAUUCCCUUCGGCGAAGGACCGCGCCAGUGCAUAGGCAUGAAGUUCGCCUGGCUCGAGUACAAAAUGUGCCUCUUCGACGUCAUCGCUCGUGUGGCUGUCGAUGUCUGCCCGGAGACGAAGGUUCCUCCGACGUGCCACGCCAGCAUCCUAGUCAUGGUUCCAGACAACAUGGUGUUGAAAGUAACUGCGAGAGAAGCUCUGCAGGGAUGA